AUGACGGACCUCGGCGGUAUCAUGGUGGCCUUGAUCACCACAUUCACAGACGAUAAGACCAAAAUCGAUAAGUUCCGCCUACAAGCGCACAUCGAGCACCUCAUCAAUGCGGGCGUGCACGGCCUCGUCCCCGGUGGCAGCACCGGUGAGUUCACCACAAUGUCCACAGCCGAGCGCAAACAGCUCACAGAGCUCACCUCAUCGGCCGAGGCUGUCGAGCUCUCCGUCCACGCCGCGAAGGUCGGCGCUGCAGCAGUGAUGGUCGUUCCUCCGUUUUACGACCCCGUCAACCUCGAGCAGCUGCACGAGAUCAUGUCCGAAAUUCACACUGCAUCGAAGCUGCCUAUUAUGUUCUAUAACAUUCCAUUCGCCACGGGAUUGAACCUGUCACCCGCCGAAAUUGCAGGCCUGUCCAAGGUUGGCGUGAAAUAUCUCAAGGAUACAUCUGGCAACGCGCCCGCCCUGACGGAGUUGAUUUUCAGUCUGUCGGAUCAAAUCACACCUUUCAAUGGUUGGGAUACUUUGACUUUCUACGGUCUUGCUGCUGGCGCUCCCGGUGGUGUGUGGGGUGCUGCGAACAUUAUUCCCGAGUUGGCGGUGGAGUUGUGGGAUGCUGUUAGUGUCAAGGGGGAUUUGAAGCGUGGACGGGAGAUUUGGACCAAGUUGUGGCCCGUGUGCAAGUUUUUAGAGUCACAUAAUUAUGCUGCGGCUGUCAAGACUGGCGUUGAGUUGACUGGGCAGGCGACUGGGGGCUUGCGAAAACCGUUUGCUUUGCUUAAUCCUGAGCUGACAGCGGAGUUGAAGCAGCUUCUGCGGAAUGCUGGCGUGAAGACUGUCUAA